CCAUGGGACGCCAUCUUCGAAUACUGGAGCAAUCGCGCUGUUGACAACGAUAGAUCUCAUCAUCAUAGGCGGUGCCGCCUUUGUUGUCAUGGUGAUCAUCCUCGUUGUAACAGCACUCCUUUGUUUCUGGAAACGGCGAGAGUCACGAGACAAUAGAACACAGACUCUUCAAGCCAACGGUUCUUUCCAUCUUGUGCCAUCCCGUCCCACGGAUGACGUCAUGGUCCCCGGAAGUGACCGAGGUAACCUUGAUGGUGAAGAAUUCGAACCCCAGCCUCCUCCGUACUCAAGAGUUAACCCUGACCCGAGGUUCCCCACCACACAGACGUGUCCGUGGGCAGACGGAGCCUGUCACCUUCCACUGGUGACACAUUAUCAGUCACCCGGAACAACUUUAACACUCAACGAAGAAACCAAUAACGGUACCAUUCCUUCAGCUGCAGCAUCUGUACCGUCUGUAACAGAGGGAACCAGGCCGAAGGUGACGGGUGAUGGUCCGACCCCGAGGAGUGUGGAGGACUCCAGUAUACCGGAUAAACCCGGCUCCUUGCGGUCUCAUCCUGAGUUACAUGUACCCCGGCCUCUUCCUGCCAACCUUACCAUCAGCGAUAUGAUCAGCGAAGGCUCUUAAAUAAGUCCCAAACUCUAGCUUUUUACCUUUGGGAAUAGUAACGUAAACACAUGCAGAUCACCUACAAAACAAUACGUUUAGGCAAUUCAAUUCAGCUUGUUUUAUGUCUAGCUUGUGAACUUUGAUACUUAUACUUGUUACUU